GUCCACAUCUCGUGGAUGUAACCCGCCAUCUUGUCGCGUUGAGCAGGAGAAGAGCAGCAGAUAUGGCUGACUACAGCAGCGUGGCUCCCCCGUCCUCUAACGCUGGUGCUGGCAUGAAUGACGCUUUUAAAGACGCUCUACAGAGAGCACGACAGAUUGCAGCAAAGAUCGGCGGCGAUGUAGUUGCGCCACCCCCGACAAACGAAUUUGGCUACGGAGGCCAGAAAAGGCCCCUGGAGGACGCUGGUGGGUAUUUUCCCAUGCCUAACCUGAAUAUCGACCAACCAGAGACGAAGAAAGUGGCUACAAAUGACGCCUUUUCAGGAAUGGGAGGAAUGGGUGGUCCUCCAAGGUCAAUAUCGGAGGAGUUCAAGGUCCCCGAUGGAAUGGUUGGAUUCAUUAUUGGAAGAGGAGGCGAACAAAUAUCACGUCUGCAGCAAGAGUCUGGAUGUAAGAUACAGAUUGCACCUGACAGUGGAGGUAUGCCAGAUAGGUCGGUGACAUUAACGGGAGGACCAGAAUCCAUCCAGGGCGCAAAGAGGCUACUAACAGAGAUAGUUGAGAAGGGGCGGCCGGCUCCAGCGUUCAACCACAACGACGGCCCGGGAACAACUGUCCAGGAGAUUAUGGUCCCUGCCUCCAAAGCUGGACUCGUCAUUGGGAAGGGAGGAGAAACCAUCAAAAGCCUUCAGGAAAGAGCUGGCGUGAAGAUGGUCAUGAUCCAAGAUGGACCCCAAAACACAGGCGCAGACAAGCCACUCCGCAUUUCAGGAGAACCCUUCAAAGUUCAGCAAGCCAAAGAGAUGGUGAUGGAGCUGAUCAGAGAUCAAGGCUUCAGGGAGCAGAGGGGAGAGUAUGGUUCACGAGUUGGAGGAGGCGGAGGGGAGGAGGUGGCGGCGGCGGCGGAGGAUGGUGGCGGCGGCGGUGGUGGUGGUGGCGGCGGAGGGGGAGGAGGAGACAGCUUAGAUGUUCCUGUCCCCCGCUUCGCAGUGGGAAUUGUUAUUGGCAGAAACGGAGAGAUGAUCAAGAAAAUACAGAAUGACACAGGCGUCAGGAUUCAGUUUAAACCAGAUGACGGCAGCACACCUGACCGGAUAGCACAGAUCAUGGGACCCCCUGACCAGGCUCAGCACGCAGCAGAAAUCAUAUCCGAUCUGCUGAGGAGUGUCCAGGCCGGCGGGCCUCCAGGACAUGGCGGUGGCAGAGGUCGUGGUCGCGGGCAGGGGAACUGGAACAUGGGCCCCCCUGGUGGCCUGCAGGAGUUUACCUUCACUGUCCCAACCAUGAAGACCGGCCUUAUCAUCGGAAAAGGUGGUGAGACAAUCAAAGGCAUCAGCCAGCAGUCAGGCGCGAGGAUCGAGCUGCAGAGGAACCCUCCACCCAACGCUGAUCCCAACAUUAAAAUGUUCACAGUUCGGGGCUCCCCCCAACAGAUCGACUACGCCAGGCAGCUAGUGGAGGAGAAGAUCGGGGGACCCGUCACUCCAAUGGGUGGCCCACACGGCCCCCCUGGUCCACAUGGAGGUCCAGGCCAACAUGGUCCUCCCGGACCACCUGGACCCCCCGGGGCCCCCAUGGGUCCGUACAACCCUGGGCCGUACAACCAGGGCCCCCCCGGACCGCACGGUCCACCAGCGCCUUACCAGCCUCAGGGAUGGGGCAAUGGCUAUCCCCACUGGCAACAGGGGCAGCCGGAUCCAAGUGAAUGCCUACAGGAUAAAGCAGCAGCCGACGCCAACGCAGCAGCGUGGGCAGCCUACUACGCUCAGUACAGCCAGCAGCCGCAGGCUCCCAUGACCCCAACAAGUGGAGCUCCUGGCACGACUCAAACCAACGGCCAAGGUCAACAGAGUCAACAACCUCAGGACUACACAAAAGCCUGGGAGGAAUAUUACAAAAAACAAGGUCAAGCGGCCCCUCAGGCCACCGCAGCAGCGGCAGCGGCCUCCCAGCCUGGAGGUCAGCCAGACUACAGCGCUGCCUGGGCGGAGUACUACCGCCAGCAGGCGGCGUACUACGGCACAGCCAACCCUCAGGCGAUGGGUGCAGCACCACAAGCUCCUCAGGUACAUCCCUCAUAAGAAUCUGCCCUCCACAUCCACUGAAUACUCAAUUCUUGUUAUGGCGUAACCUCCUUCCUUCCUCAGGGUUUACAGGGCUCCAGUGAGUGCAGCACCUUCACACACUUAACCAACACGACUUCCUCCCUAAACAGGUUUUAAGCUUUUUAUUUUGGGAAGCUGAGUCAACUGUUUCCGCUGUUAACAUGCAAUGUAUCUUCUAUGUAUUUCUUCUGCACAGGGCCAGUAAUGUGAAGUGGACAUAAAGUAAAUGCUACAUUGUCGAAACAAAAUCCUUUGUUAAAUGUUUGGAUGCAGACGCCUUGAUGAAGAUCUUAAAUUUCCUUGGUUUGAAAGUUUCACAUAGAUGGCAGAUUACCCGGCGAACACGUCCUCUUCCUUUUUUUUGUUUUCCUUUUUUCUUGUAAAUGCUUUGUUUUUAGUGAGGUAAUUAUACAUAUGGUCAUUCCAGCCCUGUAUCUACAUUAAAUGUGGUUAGAACUCAUGUUUAUUAAACUGUAGACAUUACCAUGUAAAUCAUCUCAGUUUUAAAAUGCUAUUGCCUGUUGUGUUUUUGCAAUAAAACAAACUGAAACCUCCUGUGUUGGUAAGUUGGGGUGGUUUUAAAGCAAAAAGGGUUAAGAGGAAUUUCUGUAUGUUUUAGGGGGUGGGGAGGGGGGGGGUGGGGAGGACUUUUGAAACGCAGGCCAUGUGUGGGUUCAAUUGUCCAAACUGGUUGACUCAAAGUUGUGCUGUCCUGUCUCUCUCCAACUGUCUAUAAGGCUCUUAGAUACAUUAUGUGCGUGCAAUGAUCCUGAGUGGUUCAGACCAACAAACGUCCUUGUUGAUAGACAUUUAUUUUUUACACUUGUUUCCUGAUUUUGCUCUGACUUCAGCCGUAGAGAGAUGUUUGUGAUAAGAAAGUCGCCAGGUAUCCAUGUACCGUAACUCAUACAUUAACUGCGUUGCUGUGGCACUCCUUUUUUUUAAAAUUGUCUGGUGUGCUGACUCUGUUGAGGUAGUAUGCACUGUAUUUUGCCUUGAUAGACACUUCCUCCUCCACAGGCAAAUUUAGAAAAGCGGUAAGCAAGUAUUUUUCCUUAACAUGUUCCUCAGAAAACGUGGUUGCAAGAAAUGUUGCAUAUUUUUAGUGUUAUAUAUAUUUUUUUGUGCUGUUCUUUUUCCAGGACAGUCAGGUAAAUUGCCACUGUAUCGAAAAUGCAUUGAAACGUGUGUCUUGCCCUUUUCAAAUUGCGAACUAACUCACAUGUAUAAAUUUGUUUUUUAAAAGAAUGUUUUUUUAACAUAAAAACAUUGCAAAAAAAAAAGAAAUCAGUUUUUGCUGUCCCCAUUCUGUUAGUGUUUAUCCAAUAUAAGAACAUAGCUGUUGUAGGCUCGGGGUGGCUAAGCAGUCUUCAUCCAUCAGUUGAGCCCUCCUAUACUGUAAGUACAAAACUGUGACUUUGAGAGAUAAACGCCAUUUUUUUUGAUGCUUCAUAAACUGCAAAAGAUGUAGAAUUUUUUGUCAAAUAUUGCCAUUUUCCCCAUGUCUCUGGGUAAGUAUGAAAUGUUCUGAGGAGAGGAAUAGUACUUUAGAUUCUUGUUCCACAUGUUUCUGAGACUUAUUUCCCCUUGUGUGACUCACAUGCAGACUUUGAAUCUUUUACAGUAUGUUGAUACUUAGAUUGUUAGACUGUUUGUUUGUGUAGGUAGCAUUUCGUUGGAUUCCUGAACUGAGGGUUUGAAUGUCAGCACUUACACUGUUGGUAGGAACUGUUUUUAAGGAUGUGGUUUUUUGCGUUUUGAUUACCUGACCUGCUAAGUGCCAUUGACUAGUUCUAUUUUCUUUAAAUGCCAUUUAUUGCAACAUAUUGCUUAGAAAAGUCCUACUGCAUAACUCCAGCGUAGCAUGCUUAGGUUUCUGCUGUUAUUACUUUAAUUUCCUAUAUCAGCAUGUGGAAUGCUAGUAGUGGAAGUGCUUCUGACUAGCCCAGUAUUGAAUUUUAUGACCUUUUCUGAAUGAGCACUGUUGUGAAAGGCUGUUAACUUUAAGCAUUGUUCACUGAUGGCAAACAGUGCAUUAUAUCUGAUCUUUGCAGUGUCGUCCCAGACCUUGCACCUUAGGUUCUGCUGCAAUAACACAGGUAAGCGAAACCUAAGGAAACCAGUGUUUUUGUCCAGUGACAAUUUUUACAUGCAAAGAAAUGCUUACCUGUGUCUUUAACAUGCCUCAAUGCAUUUUAUGCUUAGUCGUAAAGAAAUGUCCAGGAUCUUUUAGUAUGAACAGCCCUUUUUAUUUUAUAAGAUGAUCUGCUUUCAUGAAUGAACUGCAUGAUAUGAGCUGUAUGAUUUAUUUCAUGAAGUUUGACUUUUCUAAAAGUGACUUUACCCAGAAAAAAAAAUAAGUUGUUGCAUAGGCUCACUGAGGAAAUGUUGUCAUUGUCGUAUGUGCUUAAUAUUUGAUAGUCUUUGCAUCCCGGUAAGUCUGACAGCGACUGUGUAUCGAUGCUUUAGUCCACUUUGACACUGGUAUAUCAACACUGCAUGCCAUGCAAACCUGUUGCCAGACGCUAGCAAUGUGCUCAACCUCUAGUUUGAAAGAAAAGAAAAGUUGAAAUACAUGAUUUUUUUAUUUCUCUGUCGUGGUGUGAAUCUGCCCUCAAGUGCAGUGCAAAUCUCCUAUUGAAUCGCUGCUGCCUUCACUUCUCGCUCACAGUGUUGGUCAUAGAAUCAGGCCCGUGUCGUAGUUUGUCCCCAAAAGGAGGAAUCCUUUGAGUCAAUCCCUACUGCUGAACGUAGACCGUUCAAGAGCUCCAGUGAUAAGGUAAAACAGCAACGCAAUGAAAUUUAAAUUCUGUGAUUGCAAAGUGUUGGUCAGAUACAUGUCUUGCAGCUCGGAUAGACUGUCUUUAUUUAACCAUGAUUGUCAUCGUGUCUCUAGAGUUGUCUGGUUUCUCAUUUCGCUUGAAUGCCUUCAUUAAUAACCUUUCAGUCAAUAGGAAUGUGCUUUAGAAAGUUGGAUGAGGACAGGAAGUGAUGUACUUUAAAUCACAUGUUUUAUUGGCAGUAAAAUUUGGGAUUUGGGAUAAAAUCACUUUUGUAGUUAAAAGGUCAUUUCACUUAUCUGUUUACUGUGUACAUGUGAGAUGCUGAGUUUCAACACAGUGUGGGGGUGUAGAAGACAAAACAAGGUGCAUGCCUUAGAGGUUUCAUGUACUGUGUAUAUUAUCAAAUAUAUUGGAUUUUGUUUUUUGAAUAAACUGUUCUGACUUUUGAAAUGUCGCCAUGUUCAUUUAAUAAAGUUGUAACAAAUGAA